AUGGUUACAGGCUGCAAACCUGUCUCUACUCCCAUUGAUCCUAAUCAUAAGUUGGCCAAUGAUAGUGGUACUCUUCUUGCUGAUGCUUCAUAUUACAGACAGUUAGUUGGGAAGUUGAUUUAUGUCACUUUCACUCGUCCCGACAUCUCUUAUGCUGUGCAGAUUUUAUCUCAAUACAUGAAUAAACCUACUGAUAUUCACUUACAAGCUAUACAUCGUUCUUCUACACAGUUGAGGGCUUUCUCUGAUAGUGACUGGGCUGGUUGCCCAGAUACAAGGAGAUCCGUUUCUGGCUUAUGUAUUUUCUUGGGUGAUUCUUUGAUUACAUGGAAGUCUAAGAAGUAG